UUUAGUGGCUAAAAUGGCGGCUGCAGAUCGAGAAGCAGAAUUUCAAAGGGCAGCCAUCGAAAGGGAGAGAGAACAAUUAAAGACUUUGAAAGAAAAUCUUUUGGCUGAACAAGAAAAACUAGUUCUACAACUUACCGAAGAAAAACUGGCAAUCUCUGCAGAAAAAUCCCGUCUGGAAAUCUCCUCGAAACUCGCCAACAACUACGACGUUCAAAAGGCGCAGGUUGAGGUCGAAGCGGCCGUGAAAGCCGCCCGAGACGCUGCCGCCAAGACCGAUUUAGAACGCGAGAAUCUACUGAAAGCUCAGCACGAGCUUGAAUCGUUGAAGCGCGAUAUGCGCGAUCGCGAUCACGUUUUAUCGCUCAAAGAAAAGUCGUUUGAAGCGUUGCAGAAAGAACUGGACGAUAGGGCCGCGGAAGCCGAAAGGGCUUUGGCUCAGGCCAAGUUGAUCGAAACGACUUACGCAAAUAGGACCAGAGACAUGCACAAACAGGUGGCCGUUCUUGCGCAAAGGGAAAAGAAAUUGGCAGAGGAAAAGUUGAAUUUGUCGAAAAAAAGCCUCGCGCUACAAAUGGACCUCCAACAAUUGAGGAGGUGCACCUUGUGUGCCAGUAGCGUGCGCGUAUCAUCGGUGGGAAUGGUACACGAGAUUGGAUACGACGAUUAUGACGUAUUAGAUCCGGACAUGGCGAGGCUUAGGAAUGAAGCAAACGACGAAAGUAUUCGUAGUCCUCUUGUUGAGGGCCGAACCGAAGACUGAAUAAUAAGUAAAUUUUUUUUAAACUCAUUAAAUGAGUU